UGUAGGUUACUGAAAGAUUUCACCAACCACAGAUAAGAAGAUUAGAGAGGAAUUAAUGGUAUUCCUUUGUCAUUAUAGGAAUAAAUUGAUAUUUGGUUUUAAAUCAGAGGGUGGGGAUGGUGGGAAGCCGGAGGAACAUGUUGUGUCAGGAGACGUAAGCAGAGGGGAUGGCACUGUGACAAGCAAACUCAGCCAGGGGGGAUGCCUGUGCACUGUGAGUUAAGCGCUGGAUAUCUCGACUGAUGUUCAACCAUGUUACAGGAGAUGAGGGAGCAGGAUAAUGCUGAAGUGGCUGGGCGUGUGCGUGGCGGGGCAGAAUGAGCGCUGCUGGGACAUGGACGUACCAGUAGAGGAUAGGGGCAGCUGUGGCAUUCCCUGGUUAAGACGCUGACGUGGUUGGGGAGGAACGCUCUGGUUCCUCUCAUCUCUCCAGCCCCUGCUCAACCAUGAGAGUGGCCCUCCUGGCCCUCAGACUGAUGUGCUUGGCCUGGUUGUGGCCUGUCACCCAGCUCAACAGCAGCCACUUCCCAAACAAGAGGAGACACAAGGAUAUGUACGUUGGAGAGAACACCAAACAAAAGCAUGGAGGAGGGCGGGUGGAUCUUAAGAUGAAAAAGCUGGACAGCACCAAGUCUCUGCUAAUUAAAUCUGAGCAGCUGCUUCGGAUUGAGGACCAUGACUUUGCGAUGCGGCCGGGCUUUGGAGGUUCAGCCAUUCCCGUCGGCAUUGACGUCCAGGUGGAGAGCAUUGACAGCAUCUCUGAAGUAAACAUGGACUUCACCAUGACUUUGUACCUGAGGCACUACUGGCAGGAUGAUCGCCUGGCCUUCCCCUCCAGCAACAACAAGAGUCGUACCUUCGACGCACGUCUUGUGAAGAAAAUUUGGGUUCCUGACGUGUUCUUCGUUCACUCUAAACGCUCUUUUAUCCAUGACACAACCAUGGAGAACAUCAUGCUGAGAGUUUACCCUGAUGGCAACAUCCUUUACAGUGUCAGGAUCACUGUGACUGCACUUUGCUCAAUGGACUUCAGUAGUUUCCCUCUGGACACACAGAAUUGCUCUCUGGAGCUGGAGAGCUAUGCUUACAAUGAGAACGACCUCAUGCUCUACUGGAAGAAUGGGAACGAUUCAUUAAGGACUGACGAGAUCGUGCUCUCUCAGUUUUUUAUUGAAGACUUCCAGCCUUCCUUUGGGCUUGCCUUCUACAGCAGUACUGGUUGGUACAAUCGGCUCUACAUAAACUUCAUUCUCAGGAGGCAUAUCUUCUUCUUCAUGCUUCAGACGUACUUUCCCACCAUGCUGAUGGUGAUGUUGUCCUGGGUGUCUUUCUGGAUAGACAGGAGGGCCGUGCCUGCCCGUGUCUCUCUGGGCAUCACCACGGUUCUGACAAUGUCCACCAUCAUCACUGGUGUCUCAGCCUCUAUGCCACAGGUGUCUUACGUCAAAGCCGUAGACAUCUAUUUGUGGGCAAGCUUCCUGUUUGUCUUCCUCUCGGUCAUCGAGUACGCUGCUGUCAACUAUUUCACCACAGUGGAGGAGAUGAAGAAGCUCAAAGGGGCAAAGAUCCCCUCCUCCUUCAAUGCCACCCAGGCUAUGGUUUUUGAUGGCUGUUUCCAUGACAAUGACAUCGACCUGACGCCUUUCCCAGAGGUCUCUAGCACCCCAAAUACAGAGAGGAACACCCAGUCACGAAACUCUACCAUCUCUGCACCCACAGAAGGCACCAGGCUACGCCGCAAGCACCCUUUAAAACAAAACCUCAGCUUUAUAAUGAGCAACAGCUACAUGAUUGACUCUUACUCCAGAGUCAUAUUUCCUCUGGCUUACCUGCUCUUCAACAUCAUUUACUGGAGUAUGUAUGCAUAGUACAUUAACUAUGCAGCAGAAUAAACAUUAUUCUUUCUUGACUAUUUCCACCAUUAUACAGUGUAACACAGACAGGCUGCAAUGAACUAACUUACAAUACUCUGUACUGCUAUGGGAUACAACCUCAAGUUUGCACAAUGUCUGCCGUUGAGCAUAGAUAUCUUGCAUGUGUUCAGUUGUAACUUGGAGAAAAUCCAAGCUAAGCUGUUGACAGACAGCUGGGACAGAUUUUUGAGGAUGUUAUGUGUGUUUUUGGCAUGCCUGUUUUAUAAGAGAAAAAGUUUUAAUCAAAUAAAUAUAUUUACAUUUUUAGGAUUUUAUUUUAUUGUGUGAUUAGACACACAACAUCAAAUUGUA